AUGACGCUAUCUCACCUACGCUCGCUCCAGGCGAUCAUUACCACCUCCAUCUUCGAGAUUGAGACCGCCUACACCCAGCGCUCCAAAGCGCUCGGCGUUCACCUCGACUUCCCCGACCUUGACACCCCUUUCUACCCGAGCGCGGCCGGUGCGAAUCCACAAGCCCAAGAGGAGGCAGAGGCUCUCAGGGUGGACCCGGCCGUCUUCGACGCGACGAACCGGAUCGUCGCUGCGUGCGGGCAGAUCAUGGCAACGGUUCACAAGCCGUUCUUUUCGCUCGUUGAUAGUGUGGACCAGUCUGUCACAGUCGCGUAUAUCCAGUUCCUUGAGACCGCACACAUCGUCGACAUACUCCGCGAGGCGGGUCCAGGGGGCAUGCACGUCAACGAUAUUGCCAGGACGGUCGUCGAGAUUAGGUGUGGAUCGAUCACAACGGGCGAGGCGGUUCCGGAUCUCAGCCCUUCGAAGCUCAGCCAUGUCCUGCGCACACUCGCGACAACUCACUGGCUGCGUGAAGUGUCCCCGGACGUUUUCGCGAACAACCGGCUUUCGUCUAUGUUGGACUCAGGCAAAACGCCAUCGCAACUUGAAGCUUCACCACAGACCAAGUAUGACGAAACGGAUGGAGUGGCUGCAUAUGCAGCUCUUGCGACGGACGAACUCAUGAAGUUCGAGACCGGAUUCACAGACUGGUUCCUCGAGACGGGAGGGACUCCUACGCCCGAGCAGCCCCAAACCCCAUUCCACUACGCGAUGAAGACUGAUCUGAACUACUUCGCGUGGCUUGAGACUCCAGGCAAUGAGCACAGACUAGCGCGUUUCUCGCACGCGAUGAACGGUAAAAGACACUGGGAGGUGACCAAGAACGUCCUCACCGGGUUUCCUUGGGAAUCUCUCCCGAAAGACUCGGUCGUUGUUGACGUAGGCGGUGGCAUCGGAUCUGUUUCUGUCAUGCUUGCAGAGGCAUUCCCCCAUCUCCGCUUCGUUGUCGAGGACCGCGCACCUGUUGUUGCUAUUGCCCCCCAGUCGUGGGGCGCGAAGCGUGCAGACCUCUUGACAUCCGGACGUGUCAGUUUCCGCGCACAAGAUCUCUUCGCGCCGCACGAGCCUCUCAAUGUCCCAGGAUUGGGGAUGGUGGACACUCCCGCGGUAUUCAUCCUGCGCGCCGUCGCGCACAACUGGCCUGACGCACCGGCGACCGAGAUCCUCAGGCAGUGCCGUCGCGGUGCGGGCCCCUCCACCCGGUUGUUAUGGAUCGACAACAUCUUGCCCUGCGCGUGCGAUGCGCCUGGUACGCCUGCGGACCCGCGCGGGCGCCUCGCACCCAAUGGCUCGCCGCUUCUGCCGAACCUUGGGCGCGCGAGUGCGAACGGCUAUCUGCUGGACGGCGCGAUGAUUGGCAUGCUGAACGCGAACGAGCGCACUUAUGAGGAGGUCGCCGCGCGGGCGGGCGAGGCGGGAUGGCAGGUGAAGGAGGUGAAGCGUGCGAAGGGCUCGCUGUGGUCGUACAUUACCUGUGCGCCGGCGUGA